AUGGACGAGCUGCACACGGGAAAUACAGAAUCGGCGGGAAAUUUAUCCAGGAGAAGAAGGAAAUCUGGAGGAGGCGAAUUCGGGAGGCCACAGGGAGGGAAUGUGCGGGCAGCAGAGAACAAGAGCGCAGGCCUCAGGCAAGGCCAUGAGAAAUCCCGGAGUCGCGCUUCCGGGGCGCCGCUUCCGGCUGGGCCAUGGCGGCGCUUCCGCUGUGGGCGGGGCCUGUGCCGGAAGCGCGUGCGGGAGAGGCGGCGGGAGGCGCCGGGACCCUCCCGGACCCCCCGAGACUCGCGGGGCCCCCCGGCCGCCAUGGCGGGCCAGGCGCAGGUGCCGAUGGCCUUCGAGGACGUGGCGGUGUUGCUGAGCCGGGCCGAGUGGGACGCGCUCACGGCGGGGCAGCGGGAGCUGUACCGGGACGUCGUGUCCGACACCUACGAGCUGCUGACCUCCCUGGGUUAUCCAGGCCCCAAGCCUGACAUCCUGCACCGGCUGGAGCGCGGGGAAGAGCCAUGGAUCUGCUCAUCCCCAGGACACACUGGGAGCUGGCUGGAGGAGCCUUCCUCUGGCUGGUGGCCCAGUGCCAGCGGGUACCAGGGGCUGGAGACCUCAUGUCCAGCAGAAUGGAGCACGUUGUGGUGUCUCCAGGACAGGAACUUCCAGAAGAAGUUUGACUGUCAUGAGGGAAGGAGCGAAUUCCCGUCAGAAGCAGACAGUGGAGUGGGGAGCCAAGCCCUGCCACGGCCUGUGAAGGAGGAAGUGGAGGAUAAACCUGGACCCAUGGAAGACCUAACCCACAGUGAGACAAUCCCGCUUCAUUCCAUGAUGGAACAGCAGAGCCUGCAUCCUUGGGAAGAGCUGUGGGAUGGCCCUGGGGAGAGGAAUCACGGGAAUGCCCAAAACCAUGGACACAAUGUGGGAGAGGCAACGCUUCUCCCGGGAGCCCGGGGGCUGCGGGUGGAGGAGCUGCGAGCGGCGGCGGCGAAGGACCACAGCUACUGCCUCCGGAGCGAGCCGGGCACGCCCUGCACCCCCCGGCCCUGCUGCCUGUGGGAGCACAACUACUGCCAGCAGCGCCGGGCCGGGGGCAGCCGCGAGGCCGAGAGGAGCCGCGAGGCCGGGAGGAGCCACGAGGGCAGCACCCUCCUGGCCGUGCGCCGCCGGCUGGCGCGGCAGCAAUCCCGCUGGCGCAGGACAUUCCGGAGAGCCAGGGAGAUCCUGCGGCGCUACCAGCCCUACUGGAGGUUGGGGUUUCCAUGGAGAGACCGCUCCAGCUCCGGUGGUGCCACACAGGGGACAAAGCCCGGGGUUUGUCCUCCGACGGAUGCGGCCGCGCUGCGCCAGCUCCGGAGCACCGGGAACGCUGAGGGGGUGACAUUGGACACACACUGUGCUCCGGAGGGGAUUUUGGGAACUGGGAGUUCACCCCCUGCCCAAAUCCUGGAUGCAGGGGUGGGGAAGGGAGUGAAGCCUCUGGAGCAUCCCGGUGCCAGGCAGGAGCUUGAAGGAUAUGCGGAACUCCGGAAAUCACAGGAGGUGUCGCUCCAGGACGUGUUCCAGAACGUGCUGAAGGCGGUCAGGUACAUACUGGACUCCCUGUGCCAGAGGUUUGAGCUCCAGGGGGUCUCCCAAGGGAAGAGCAUCUGGCCCAUCAUCAUCCAGAUUGACAACUUGACGGAGAUCAGGAAGCUCUGACUCCCGGGGGGAAACUGGAAUUGGAUUCACUGAGGCACAGCACUCAAUCCCCCCUAGUUCUGGGGCGUUCAGGAGGAGAAACGUGGCAGAGGUGGAUUUGGGGGAUGUAAAACUGGGAAUGUGGGGCCUGCCCUGAACUGGGAUUGAUUGAGAGGCUUUGGAGAAAAGCAGUGGGAAAGGGGAGGACUUGUGUGGCUCAAAGGAGGAAAGAAGGAAAAGUCAGCAUGGGAUCCUGAAAUCCUGGAAUGGUUUGGGUUAAAAGGGAUGUUAAAUCCAUCUCUAAAAACCAACCAGAGGUCAGGCUGUGUUCCUGUCACCAAAACAAUGGGAAAAACAAAAAAUCUCCAACAAUGUUUUUAUUGUUAGACAAGGCAUUUCCUCAUUUCUGGUUGGGAUGUGCAACAGACAUUAUUUCACCCACACGUGGCCUGGGUGUGCAGAGAAAAUCAUUCCAUGACAGGCGAAUUUUACUCGAUUUUCCCCAAACUUUACCCAGUUCUAAACCCACAGAAAUCUAUUGGUUCAAUGCUCAUUGGUUCCAAAUUGCAGAGUUCUCAGAAUUCGGUUUCUUAUUGGACAGGGAUUCUUUUGCCUCUGAUGUUUAUCAGGCCCUCACUAAUUUAUUUAUCAGCCCUUUCCAGCCCCAGGGGUCUGGGGUAGAUGUUCUUCAAUGUUUGCUGAUGGUUGUUAUCUUUUUGGGUCUCUUUUGGACUACUCCCAGUUUGUUGAGAUGUUAAGCUUAUCAAGCCUCACAGAGGGCAACAAUACCCCUUAAAAAAAAUAUUUCUCUAAUUCACUUCUCAAAGGCAAAGGCAAACUGAGCCUGACUAGAGAAAUAAAAUAUAUUUUAAAUGUUG